AUGGCCUCGUCGUCGGUACGACUGCUAAAUAUUGCGAGAGCAGCUCAGGCAGCUCAGGCAGCUCGAUGGUCGUUCGCCACCGUCAGCAAUGACUUCAAAGUCAACCGAAUUUCUGGAUCAUUGGGUGCAGAAAUCCGAGGACUCGAUGUCCGUCGUCUGGACGAUGCUCAGAUGAAGCAGCUCCACCAAGCCUGGCUGGAGCAUAAAGUCAUUUUCUUCCGCGACCAACCUCUACAACCAAAAGAAUUCUUGGAGUUUAGCGCGCAUUUUGGCAAGCCGGCACCGUACCCCUUUGUGCAAGGCAUCGAAGGCCAUUCGGAGAUCAUAGAAGUACUGAAGCGGGAGGAUGAGAAGAACAACUUCGGUGGAAUCUGGCACAGCGAUACGGUCUAUCUCCAAGAGCCGCCCAAAGGCACCAUCCUUAUUGCACGAGAGUUGCCACCCUACGGCGGUGAUACCUUGUUCGCAAACCAAGUGGCGGCCUAUGCUGCACUCUCGCCCGGUCUUAAAACCAUCCUCGAGCAAUUGACAGCGGUCCAUACCUCGGCGAAAGCGGAUACAUCCAAAACGAGAGAAGAUCGAGUCAAAGGAAGUGGAGUAUCGCAAGAAGAACUUGUUUCAUACCAUCCGGCAGUUCGCACUCAUCCAGAUACGGGAGAAAAGAGUCUCUAUGUGAACGUGGCUCAUACGGAUCGUUUCGAUGGCUGGACUGCCGAAGAAAGUGCGCCGCUGCUGCAGUAUCUACAUCGGCAUCAAGUCAGGCCCGAAUUCACCUGUCGAUUUCACUGGGAUGUAGGAAGCAUUGCAUUAUGGGACAAUCGUUCAGUGCUGCAUAACCCUAUCAACGACUAUCAUGGCUUCCGGAGGAGCAUGCAUCGAAUCACGCUGGCUGGAGACAAGCCGAAGUAG